AUGGCUAAGAGCACCGGAGGUGGACCCGGACGAGACCCUCGAUUCCAAGCGAACUGUGGUGACCAUAGUAUUUCAGAAGCCCGAUGGCUCCAACAAGGAGAUAAAUUUCACCAUGCGGCCGUGGGGCAUCGACUUCACCAAGGCUGUCCCAGUGACUGUGAAGCGAGUCCGCGCGAACUCCCACGCAGCCAGCCUGGGGGUGCAGACCGACUGGGUUGCUUUGAAGAUC